GACGCGCUCCUCCGGCUAUCAAUUUGCUCGCCACCGACGCAGCCUCCAGAAUGUCUUCGCGACCGCCUCACAGAGGACGCGGCAGAGGAUUCGCCGGCCGGUCAUACUCCGCCGGGAGAGGCCAGUUCGUUUCCGGCGACGCGCACUUCUGGUCGGUCCGUGACGCCAAUUUGGGAUUCCGGCGUGGGGAGAGAGGAAGCUUCGCGAACCAAACGCUGCAUCAUCAGACUCCACCUUAUGAUCCGAGGCCUCCACAUCCGCCGCUUUACCAUCAGAAUCCUCAGUUCCGUCACCCUCCGCCACAGUUUCGGCCUUCUCCGCCGUCUGUUCACCGACAAGCAUUUCGUCCGCCUCAGCAUCUUCGCCCGCGGCCUCCGGAUUAUCGAAACUGGGAGCUUGCACCGACGCCGCCACCUCCUCCUCAUUGCGAACGGUUUAUUGUUCUUUCGUAUAAUAUAUUGGCUGACUACCUUGCUUUGGACCACCGGAACAAACUUUACUUUCACAUACCUCAUUACAUGUUGGACUGGCAGUGGAGAAAGAGAAAUAUAAUUUUUGAGCUUGGGUUGUGGUCUGCCGAUGUCAUGUGUUUACAGGAGGUUGAUAGAUUUCAUGAGUUAGUGGAGGAGUUGAAGCUUAAGGGAUACCACGGCAUCUGGAAGAUGCGUACGGGAAAUCCAGUUGAUGGCUGUGCAAUCUUUUGGCGAACAUCAAGGUUCAAUUUGUUAUAUGAAGAAUGCAUUGAGUUUAAUAAGCUGGGACUUAGAGAUAAUGUCGCUCAAAUAUGUGUACUAGAGCUCAUUAAUCAAAAUGGAUCUGUCCCACCCAGCUUGACAGGUUCUAGUAAAGUUGUGAUUUGUAACAUUCAUGUGCUUUACAAUCCUAAUAGAGGAGAAAUUAAGCUUGGACAGGUCAGAGUGCUAUUGGACAAGGCUGAAGCUGUUUCUAAACUCUGGAAUAAUGCACCUGUUGUUAUCUGUGGGGAUUUUAAUUGUACCCCUAAGAGUCCAUUGUACAACUUUAUCUCAGAACAAAAGUUAGAUCUGUCUGAAAUAGAUAGGGAUAAGGUAUCAGGACAAGCUUCUGCUAUAAUUCGAGCACCAAGAUUCUAUGAUCGUAAUUCUAGUGAAAGAUCUGCUACUGGAUCUGUUCAGGCCGCAUUCACUGAAGGUGACAAGGAAUUUAAUAUUGAACAAGAUAAUUCUCUGUUGGACAUGCAGAAUCCGGACCCUAAGAGUGACAAUUCGGAUAAUCAAUACACUCAGGCUGUUUUGGAUAUUUCUGAUAAGUCUGGAACAAAUGUGCAGUGUGGAAAGGAGAGGGAUGCUUAUGCAGGAAAAGACACUCAGGAAACUGCUGCUGUUGAUCAUUCCAAGAUUUUUGGUGAAGUUGAUUGUGUACAAGAAGAACGAAAUCCUUCUUAUAGUGAUGGUAGGGAGGCUACUGAUCAUAUAAAUGGUGAAGUUCAUGACAUCACACCGAUGACCUCUUCAGCUCUUGAAGCAGUUCACAUUGAUACAACUGGGAUGGGCAGCACAGAACAUCUAUCAGAUGCUGUUUCAACAUCAAAUCAAGAAUUAUUAAGCAAGAAAUCCAACUUACAUGUCCCUGAAGGAAAUAAACAUAUUGAGUUUGACUGUUCCCCAACCUCUCUCCAGGAAGACGAUCAAACUUCCAGGGUGAAGAUAGAUCUUGAGUCAACAGAUCUUCUCAAUAUAGAAAUUUCUUCAACUAAACCAUCCGACCAGACUUCAAUUUCCAGUGCUUUUGAUUUCCCUCAUCCUAGGUAUAUAGAAAGCCCAGCUUGUGAGGUCAGUACUGAUGACCAAAUGAACACCUCGUCAACCUCACAUGUAAUUGACGAAUCACAUCAAUCCACCAACAUUGACUUUCCACUAGAUGAAAAACUAGAGAAAUCAUCCCUUGAUGAGACAGAUAAAGCCAUUAUAGGCAGUGAAAAUAUUGGCGAAGAUGUCAACUCUUUCAUAUCUGCCUUACAUAACGCCGAAGGUGUCACUCUUGAUCUUGGGCCAUCAAUGAAAUCAGAUCAUGAAAAGCCAUAUCAGUUUGAGGAAUUAAAUUUUGCUUCCAACAAGUUGUUGCCGCCUGCAGAAAGCAGUGAAGUGGAGGAUGACUUAUCUCCAAGUCCAACUUCCAAAUCUGUAGAUUUAGAGGAAACUACUUAUAAUCCAUCAUUGUGGACCCCUAUGGAGAUAGAAACUGCAACAGGAAAUGCUGAGCGCACCUUCUUGGAGCACCCUUUACUGCUUAGGAGCACAUACACUGAAGCUAUGGAUUGUUCGGGGACUAGAGACCCCUAUGGAGAGCCCCUGGUGACCAGCUAUAAUAGGUGCUUUUUUGGCACUGUUGACUACAUUUGGCGAUCUAAUGGUCUGCAAACAACCAGAGUUCUUGCUCCAAUACCUAGACAUGCCAUGGAAUGGACUCCAGGAUUCCCAACAAAGAAAUGGGGUAGUGAUCAUAUUGCCUUGGUUUCGGAGUUGGCCUUCUUGAAAGAUGGUACGGACAUCAGCAAGGAUGUUUAAUAGCGUCUUACUUGGUAACUUGUGGGCCUUUGCUGAGACGUAUUUCCUUGUAAAUAAAAAAAAUUAUAUUGAUCCUCAUGUCAAAUCUGUACAUUUAGAAAUUUUAUGCUCAUGAUAUACGAGUCUGUAUGAUUUUGAUUUUUGAGCUGUUAGUCAACUGGUUAAAAUGGAAUGGAGUGUGAUAUCAGAUUUAGAGUUGUCAUUUUCUCUAGAAUAAUGCUGUAAUAAUCAAGUUAGUUUUAUCUUAAUAUGUGCUUUACGACGCUGUAAGAAAUUCAAUGACUAAGUGUAAGUUUCUGAGUGUGGG